ACUAAUUAGCAGAUAGAGGAAAGUAUUUUUGAAGGCUGGCCGCUCGUCGUGUUUACAUACUUACAAUCUCUAAAUGAUGUGUUAUUAAUCUGGAGACACAUCUCUUGAGCAGCGGACUAUAAAGCAGUUAAAACGUGGCUACAAUGGAGGCCAAGAGCGAAGGCGGUCCUGUAAGUAUGAAGAAGACCAAGACUUUAAUGUCUGACUUGAAGUCCAAAUAUGCUGAUAAAUCUUGGAACGAGACCUUUCAGCUGGUCCGGAGAUGUAUGGAAAAAACUAAAGGAGAGGGCAGAGUCUGUGAGCCAAUCGCACAGUGUCUUCAGAAGAUCAACGAGGCGCUCAAUGUGUGCUCCUUGACAGCAAUGGUGUCCAGACUAGAGAUGAUUGCCAAACAAAGAGGAUUGGGGUCACAUAUGAGCCCCACAGAGACUGUGUGUUACCUGACCGCAGACCUGUUUUACAUCGAGGUGGUGCUGCUGCGGGGGGGAAGAGUGGAGGAUGUGAGGGUGGCCCAUCACGGCGAAGCUCCGGUGUCCAGCCCAUCACUCCUCCAGUUGUUGAGGAUGAAGAAAUUUCAAGAGUUCUCUCUAAAGUUGGAUGAUCUUGCCUCUUUUUACAUCAUCUCGGGAGACAGUGAUGUCAAGAUUAAAAUCUACUCCUGUCUCCGGCACUUGGAAACAGAUCUCUUCAAAAUAUCCCAUUUACCAAGGUCUUUGAGAGAAAGUGACCUUCACGUUGACCUCAUCAUGAACGGCAGGAUUGGGAACGUCCAGCCAGGAAAAGAGGGAACCCCAAUGACAGUCGAGUACUACAUUAGUCCAUCAGAUGUUCUCAGCAGGUCAAGUACAGGUGAGGUCAGUGUUGGGCAGGUUGCUCUGGUAACAGCAGGAAGCAGCGGCGCCUCUCACAGGCUGCAGAGGGAAUCCCUCAUCUCUUCUCCACCUCAGGUCGACUCUUUCGGGUUUCCAGUGUUUCAGCCGCUCACUGAAUCCUGCUCCGAAUCACUCCCAGCCACCUUUCUUCUCAAACUACAGCCACCGCUGCCCAUGCUUAUUCCUUUCAUAGACAAAAUGGGCAAAAUCACAGAUGGAGUUAUAGCUGAGAAACCCCAGCAGGUGGAGCCUCUACCUCAUCUUCUGAUGAAGACCAGCGCAACACUGAACGCCAAGAUCUCCUGGACACACGGGGCUCAGUUUACUGUGCCAUUACCUGACUCCGAGUACCACAGUUAUGUGUUCCCUGGGGCCGUUUGGGGCCGAGAGUCCUGGAAAGGAGCCUUAGUUCACACCGUCCCCUUCACACACCCCGGCCACGUCCCUGCUUUACUGGAUCUCCUUCGCCAUCAGUCGGCCAUCAACGUCCUGCUGGCGAGCUGCUUCAGUGACCACAGCCAGCUCACAGACGCUGGCUUACUGUGUGACCUGAGAUGUGAGGUCCUUCCAGAAUCAGACCACUGCCUUUCUGUCACAUUCAGCCUUGAUGAUCACAUCCACCUGGCUGUUCUUCAGGUGACGGUGGUGGACUCUCAUCAGAUGAGCUGCAGACUUCUGAUGCCUGAUUUUGUGGAUCAUAAAUUGGACGACUACAUAUCCAGAGUCCUUAUGCGAUGCAUGUCCAUCCCCAUCACGAUGAGGGCCAUCCGCAGGAAGUUGGCCGGCCGCACGACUCGUCCCGAACCUGCAGCUGACCCAGAGUCCUCCGCUGCGAUGGAGAGUGAUGUCAUCAGUGGCGUGUCCCAUGAUCCCGCUGAGGACGAGAGCGAGGCGUCUCCUGCUGGCUCCUGUGUUAUGUCUGUUUCUGAUCAUGUCAAUACAGAUGCUGUUGCUGACCAUUCCCCCUGUGCUUCUCUGGGUGUGUAUUCACACUGGGUGACCAGUGGACUUCCUGCAGAGCUUCUGUAGCACAAGGAGGUUUUAUGACAGAAGAUUUAAAAAGUAUUCCUACGCUAUUUUAGACAAAUCAUUAAAAAAAAAAAUCUUUAAUAAAGGUGCGUUAUAUUCAAAGCUUAUUGAAAGCUGUUUAAUCUCAUGAGCAGGUCUGACUUCAAGAAGUUAUCAAGAAAUCAUAGCUGUUCCUGGUUCUAUUGUGCACAGUUCAUCAGUGUGCAUUUAUAAAAAAAAUACGAGUCUUAAACAAAAUGCUGCAUUUUAUAUGCAUUUAUGUCAUGCAUGGAUUGUUCCUGACGGCGCUGCAGAAUCUAGCUAGCGUUUGUGUCCAGGACACACUUAGCAUUUCUGCCAGGGUCUGAAAUUAACACUCCCCCUAAUGCAUAAAAAUCAGCUUUGGCGAGUAUUAAACUGUGCGACUUGCCAGCUGGUGCAAUUUAUUGAAUUGCGUUUUGGAAAAUGCAACAAGUGCCAACCAUCUUCCCAAAUAUGAAGUGAGAAUCAUUUAUAAAUCUGUGCUCGACAAAAGAGUUGCUUCAGAGUCUCCCUAUGAUUUCCCAUCUGUGAACUCAUAUCGGUGAUAUUCAUAAGGAAAGUCUGCUUGUACUUUGUGGCCUGGGAAUUUUAUUUCCACUUUAAUGUUUAAGCCACACUUAAAAAUUAAUUUAAAAAACUGUAAAACCAACCAAGUGGCAUUUUUAAUUUUAAAAGGCCCAUGCAUACAUGUAGCUUCAAGGAACAUUUUCCAUAUGAUGAUGUGAAGCACAUGCAGAGCAACCGAGUGCAGUUAAUACAGGCACACUACUAAAGACAGAUCUCACAUCUGGGCCUUUUUUUCUUCUUUAUUAAUGUCAGAGACAGAUUCACAUCAGACGUGCUCACAGAAGACGAUAGAAGGUUAAAAAAAGUAGUGAAGUUGUGUUAAAAGCAUUGCAUACAGUAACUCGUUUUGAUAAUUGAAUUGAUGACUGAGACAUCCUGACAUCAGGAGGAGAGUUUAUGGCUGUUAGUUAAAGUUUCAGCAAUAAAAACAAACACAUUACUACUAAUGCUACCUUUGGAGACUCUGGAGCUUGAAAUUGACCUGUUCCUGGACA